UACCUGGAGGCGAAGUUUAAACUCGGCCAGGAAACAGGGCGAAAACUCCACCCCGACAACGUAUCCAAGGAAAUGAGACGCGCCUUGAACUCCGACGGCAAACGUCUCUUCAAGCCAAUGGAAUUUCUGACGGAGCAAUAGAUGACGUCCUUUUUUGGCAGGCUAGCGGCAAAAGUUCGUCAACAAUUGGUCGCAACUGACGAGGAUAUUUGCGCUGCAGAGGAGGAGGUUAAUUUUCACAUAGCGAGAGAAGAGAUUCUCGCCGACAUCAACCUCGAGCAUCCCAUUGUAUUCGAUCAAUACAAUAUCUGUGCAUUGGUUCGUGACAACUCCUUGACAAGGUUCAAGCUGGGUUUGCUGCAAAUACUUUGCGAGAAGUUUAAUCUGGAGGCCUUUAUCACUGACCGGAGAAAGAAAUCCUCGUAUGUG